AAUCAAACAAAGCGAGCGUUACCGACGCAACGCGGGAACGGAAACCACUUCACUCUUUAUUCACUAUUCACUCUCUCUCUCUCUCUCUCUCUGUUCCAUUCCAUUUCCAUCGUGCCGGCCUCAAAGUUUUUUAGGCUUAAAAAAAAAAAAAUAGAAUAAAACUCUGAGAAAAUUUGCUUUGACUUGCUCUCUCUUUGUUUUUUUUUUUUUAAAUCUCUGUACUGGAAUUUCUUUUUUUGUGUCUCUAUUUGAAGCUCCAGAAUGAGUUGAGAGGUCUUUUUUUUUUUUUUGGUUAUACAAUACAAGUAGAGACUAGAGAGGAGAAUAAUGGCUUCGAGGUCGUCCAGACAAUCUUAUUCUCAUAAUCAUAAUAAUGGAUCUUCUUCUUCUUCUUCUUCUUCUACUUCUACUUCUUCUUCUUCUUCUUCUGCUGCUGUUUCUUCAAGAACUACUGUGGGCCAUGCUCAACCGGCCCAUAACAGUUCGGGUCGGCCCAAGCCUCCCUCCGCCACUUCCAGACGCUCUGUCACCCCUAAUUCUCGAACUCAGUCUUUUCACUCCGAUCAAGAGCCCAGAAGGGUGAGAGUUGCUAUCAGACUUCGACCAAGAAAUGCUGAAGAUCUUCUUUCAGAUGCUGAUUUUUCUGAUUGUGUUGAGUUACAACCGGAGCUGAAGCGGUUAAAGCUGAGUAAAAACAACUGGAGUUCUGAGUCUUAUAGAUUUGAUGAAGUUUUUACAGAAACUGCCUCUCAAAAGCGUGUUUAUGAAGUGGUUGCAAAACCUGUAGUUGAGAGUGUUUUGAAUGGAUAUAAUGGGACAGUUAUGGCUUACGGCCAAACAGGUACUGGAAAAACUUACACAGUUGGAAGACUGGGUAAAGAAGAUGCAUCUGAACGAGGUAUUAUGGUUAGAGCUCUUGAAGACAUUAUUGCCAGUACAUCUCCUGCUUCUGAUAGUGUAGAAGUCUCCUAUUUGCAGCUGUAUAUGGAAUCCAUACAAGAUUUGCUUGCACCAGAAAAGACUAAUAUUCCUAUUAAUGAGGACCCAAAAACUGGUGAAGUGUCAUUGCCUGGUGCUACUGUAGUCAGAGUUCAAGAUCUUGAUCAUUUUCUACAGCUACUGCAAGUUGGUGAGGCAAACCGUCAUGCAGCUAAUACAAAGAUGAACACGGAAUCUUCUCGUAGUCAUGCAAUUCUCAUGGUUCAUAUAAGAAGAUCUGUCCAUGAAAAAGUAAACGACGAGAUUAAUUCUCAAGAGAAGGGUACUAAAAGUGAUUUAUUUGAUGGCAAUGGCAUACCCAUCGUCCGAAAAAGCAAGUUGCUGAUUGUGGAUCUAGCCGGAUCUGAAAGGAUAGACAAAUCUGGAAGUGAAGGCCUAUUGCUUGAAGAGGCUAAGUUUAUUAACCUUUCUCUCAGUUCCCUUGGAAAAUGUAUAAAUGCAUUGGCUGAAAACAGCUCACAUAUACCUACUAGAGAUUCUAAGCUGACAAGAUUGCUUCGUGAUUCAUUUGGAGGCUCAGCAAGGACUUCGCUUAUAGUAACAAUCGGGCCAUCUGCACGGCACCAUGCAGAGACUGCUAGCACGAUAAUGUUUGGGCAGCGGGCAAUGAAAAUAGUAAAUAUGGUAAAGCUUAAAGAAGAAUUUGAUUAUGAAAGCUUAUCUCGGAAGCUUGAGGGUCAAGUAGAUCAUCUUACUGCAGAAAUUGAAAGGCAACAAAAGUUGAGAGAUGAUGACAAAUACAAAUUGGAAAAACAGCUCAGAGAGUGUCAUGAUUCAUUUGCUGAAGCAAGAAAAGUUCUAGUCACAAGGUCUGAGAUUUUGGAAAAAGAAAAUAUCCAUUUGGAAUCAGAGAUGAAAGGCAUCUUAAAUGAAUUGAACCAUCAGAAAGAUCUUAACAAUUUGAUGCAGGAUAAAGUUUCAAAGCUAGAAAUGAGUUUAAAACACAGUGAGCAACACCAACUUGAAAAUUCUACAUAUCAGAAAGUACUGGCUGAUACCACUCAGAUGUAUGAGAAGAAAAUGGCAGAGUUGAUUAAACAGAUAGAAGAUGAGCGUGCUCACUCUGAAAAUGCUGAGGAACAAUUAGCUCUGAUGAAGAAGCUCCUGAGUGAGCAGCAAAAGUCAAUUCAGGGGCAGAAACAGAUUGAUGAACUUGCGUUGAAGUUACAAGAAAUGUAUCAGCUACAUGAAAAUACUUUAAGUGAACUACAAUCCCUGAAAUCAGAAAAUAAAGAUCUAUUACUACAGAAGGAAAAAUUAAAUGAAGAACUUCACUCUGUGAGGCAAAGGCUUUUAGAACAGGAGAAACAAAGGAAGGGUAUUGAAAAUGAGCUAUUUAAACUAAAGAGGGCUGUACCUGAAAAUGAGAAUGACUUUGAGGACAAGAAAUCUUAUAUGAAGGAAGAAUUAAGUAAAGGAUCUUCAGAAUUUGGGAACCGAAUGGGUUCAUACAGGUCAAAUCCAUUAAGAGAGAAUAUCUCUGGUCAGAGGGCCACAAUUGCAAAGAUAUGUGAAGAAGUUGGGCUUCAAAAGAUUUUACAAUUGUUGACAUCUGAAGACUCAGACGUCCAAGUUCACGCUGUGAAGGUGGUAGCCAAUCUUGCUGCUGAAGAUAUUAAUCAGAAAAGGAUUGUGGAGGAAGGGGGUUUAGAUGCUUUGCUUAUGCUGUUGCGAUCAUUGGAAAAUACAACUAUUCUUAGAGUGGCUUCUGGAGCUAUUGCCAAUUUGGCAAUGAAUGAGAUGAAUCAAGCCUUAAUAAUGGACAAAGGCGGUGCUCUUCUACUAGCAAAGACAGCAUCUAAAACAGAAGAUCCACAAACUUUACGAAUGGUUGCUGGUGCACUUGCUAAUUUAUGUGGAAAUGAAAAGCUACUCACGGUGUUGAAAGAAGAUGGAGGCAUCAAGGCACUACUGGGAAUGGCUAGAUCUGGGAGCAGUGAUGUCAUUGCACAGGUGGCUAGAGGACUGGCUAACUUCGCAAAAUGCGAAUCCCGAGGAGUAAUUCAAGGACAUAGAAUAGGCCGUUCACUUCUAAUAGAUGAUGGUGCACUUACAUGGUUGAUUGCCAACUCCAAUACUAAUUCAGCUUCAACCCGACGCCAUGUUGAGCUUGCUCUUUGCCAUUUGGCACAAAACGAGGACAAUGCCAAGGACAUCAUAUCUGGUGGAGGGGUAAAAGUGCUUAUACAAAUAUCGGUGGAGUCCAGUAGAGAAGAUAUCCGCAACUUGGCAAAGAAGAUGCUCAGAUUGAAUCCUUCACUUCAAGCUGAUAUGCAUGCACGAUAGUAGUAAAACUGUACAGAACUGCAACCUUGUAAUCUUAUCGUACUAAUUAAAUUAUGUAUAUACGAUAGAGAACUGAGUGUAGACUCAAACUGAAUCCUGUAAUAGUGAAUUUUUUUCUGACUGUCAUCUCACUGCAAACCUUGUAAGAAAAUGCUUAGUUACUGGACAGUUGUCUUCAAACCAAUUUGGUUUUAAA